CAUGCAGCUGAUAGGGAAAGUAGCACUCUCAGCUACUGCUGUAUUAGUGCUGGCACUCGCCUAUAGAUUCUAUAAGUUACGACAACCUGAGAGCACUGAGCCAAAUGGCAAACAUGACCCAGCCGGUGGCAUAGCCAAAAGCACCCGCACAGUGGAAACCCCUCUACGGGAUUACAUAGGUGAUGAAACUGGAAACCUGAGAUUGAGGAGUGUACACAACAACCUGCAGAACAGCUCGGUCACAGAUCACAGGAUCAAGAACCUUCAGGAGGGAUUACUGUCCAAUGAUGUCACCUGCAAAGAUCAAAGUGGUCUAAAGAGUGAAGAACGACGGCUUAGGAAUGAUCCCCUGCAAAGCCUACCUCAACUUAGAGGCCAUAGUGAUGGCCACAGAGAUGAGUGCAAAACACAGAACCCUGACUGCAGGCAGGACCCAGAAGGAAGAGAAAUGCAGGAAAAGGCAGUGCUGGCCGAUGGGUCUGCAGGGCAGGACUCUAAAGAUUUGCCCCCCAGACACAAAAACCAAACAGAAGAAGAACGACACCAGACCAUCCACAUACCAAUGAAGGAUACAGUGAUUGCAGAUGGUGGCCCAACACCUAUGCCCACAGAGAUGAUAAUGGAAUACAGUCCUCAGUCGGCCACAGAUGAAGUCGAUCUUCAUGUUGACACUGGAGUUCAUGGACAUCAGUCAAAUCUUAAAGAUUUAUUAUCAUCUACUGAAAGGGAAGACAUAAGCAUCACGGUACAUCCAGGGGCAACUAACAAUGACACCACAAAAGAUGAAACACAAGAAGUAAAGAACAAAUCCCAUGAGCAGAACGAAGACCAUGAAGAGAAGGAAGGAAAGGAAGACAACGACACAAAAACCCAAGGAAUCCAAACAAAUAUAAUUCCUUCUGUCCACGCAGCCUCCUCAUCCUCCAGUGAUCAGGACAGUGAUAUGGCGGCACAGCCUGGACCCAACACCUACCGCAUUGCUUUGGAUGGAGAAUCCUUUCUUGAUAUUCAUCUCAAUUUGGAAAACUGUUAUGACGUCUUGUGUUUGGCAAAGAAACACAACCAUGAUGCCCUGCUGGCUGCCACCUACAAAACAAUGACUGACGACUACUUACACAUUCUGCAGAACCCUACAAUCUAUGGGCGUCUCAAUGCCACGGAGAGGGACUUGAUUCUGGAGGGCAGGAUGAAGGGAAAGCGUUUUGUGGUUGUUGCAGACAUUGACACACAGGCCAACAAUGCCCCUGAAAACAAGAGCAGCUUAAGUUAUUACGACAGUGACAAUGACCAGUGGCACGCAUUAUCCCACAUUCCACGCGAAGCCGUCAGCCGAGGCUGCUCAAUGGCGACUCUAUUUAACUACAUUUUUAUCGUUCUGGGGUCUGAUGGUCUCAACAGGCAAAUGAAACCAACCAAACGCGUCCUGUGCUACAACCCCCUGACAAAUGGCUGGAAGGAAGUGGCUCCACUCAAAGAAGCAAGACCUCACUGCAAACUGGUAGCACUUGAUGGUUGCCUCUAUGCUAUCGGGGGGGAAUGCCUACACACCGUUGAAAGAUACGACCCACGUCUGAACAGGUGGAGCUUUGUAGCGCCCCUACCAAAUGACACCUUUGCGGUUGCUCAUAUGGCGACUGCAUACGAUGAAGAGAUCUACGUCACAGGUGGGACCAUCCGAUAUAUGCUCUUAAGAUACAACCUUCGGGAGAAAACGUGGAAGAACAGUCAUAUCAGCGGCAGCAAAGACAGAACCACAGAGAUAAUAGCCACCGGCAACUUUCUCUACCGCUUUGACCUGAACCGUAACAUGGGGAUAAGCGUUCACCGCUGUAACAUUCGAGCUCGAAUCUGGUAUGAAUGUGCAACAUACGCCAUGCCGUAUCCAUCGCCCUUCCAGUGUGUGGUCAUCGAGAACAACAUCUAUUGCAUUAGCCGAAACUUCCACCUGCGUUUCUUGGCGGAUGAAGUGUCUCCCAGGUUCCUGGAGGUGGAUCUGCAGACUGUGCCCUCACCUAAGGGCCUCCUCUACCCUCUCAUCCUUGUUCUGCCAUUCAAGGGCAUUCAGUGAAGUUUAACAAUCUCUGUUUUAUGAAGACCCAAGACGUAGGGAGCCAAUGGGAACCUCAGAGUCUGAUCCACGUACAGGACAUAAACGCAGGAAUGUCUUAAUUAUUCAUUGUCUACACCUGCAAUUCUCUUGAUAAAUGCACCGACAUAAACCGCAGCUCCCAGCAAGUUCAUCGCGUUGCACUGAAGUCUUUUCUGCAAGACGGAAACUUUUCCUUUUUUUUUUUCUUUCUUUCUUCCCUAAAUACAUUUAUUCUGCAUUCAUAAAGACUGGAUGAGACGAUAAAUCCACCAGCCUAGCAGGUAAAAACACCAACGUUCACAGUAAUUACCUCACAAUGUGCCGUAACUCACUGCCGAAAACUCCGAGAUGGGAAGUUACUUUCUUCUGAUUUGGGGGGAAAAUGCAUAUUUUAUGGUCAUGGCACAAAAUUUUGUCUUGGAAUCAACAUUAACCCAAUAGAUGAUGAAGGAUGUGUAAGGAGACAGAGCACUUACACCUAAUACAUUUCGUUACAUUUAAAGGGGUCUUCCAGGAUGAGAAAAGCGCUGCUUCUUUGUUGCAAAAACAGCGCCACCUUUGUCCACAGGUUGUGUCUGGUAUGCAGGCCUGGUGCAAGGAUUUUUGCCGCCCCUUGACCUCGCCCAUUGGCUCCGCCCUUUGACACACCCCACCUUACUACUGGGAUGACACACUGCAACAAACCCCCUCCUCAUGUAAUCUCCUUACUACUGGGGUGAAACACUGUAACAAACCUCCUCCCCAUGUAAUCUCCUUACUACUGCGGUGACACACUGUAACAAACUUCCUCAUGUAAUCACCUUACUACUGGGGUGACACACUGUAACAAACCUCCCCCUCAUGUAAUCUCCUUACUACUGGGAUGACACACUGUAACA